UUUCUAACUUCUGGGACUCUUUGCGCAACUGCUAGGAUUUCUCAAGUGCAUGUGGCAACUCAGUCCAGCUCCGGGUGGAAACCGGCGGGGCUUCGGAGGGUCUCGAAGGCCAGGGGAGCUGUCAAGGCUGCAGCGGGGACCGGGGAGUAUCGAGGCACAGGCGGCUGGGGGGAAAACACCCACAAUUUCCACCCCAGCCGCAGCUCCUUCUGCCGCCGCGUAUUUCUUCCAAAACUACAGCUGCGGAGCUACCAAGUGCAUGGGGCACAACACUUCCCCUUAUUGUGGGAAGUAAGGAGGCUGCUCUCCCCCUUUUUUCUUUUCCUUUUUUCCCCCGGCUUGUCUUGGGGGCCUUUUUCUUCGGAGCAGUCGCCGUCCCCCGUCUGUCGUGCGCUCCGAGGAGGGAAAGUCCAUCAGCUUGGUAAUGGAGGAGAGCAAUGACUCCAUGGAGAACCCCCAACAAGGCCAAGGGCGGAACAAUGCCAUGAAGUGUGGGUGGCUGAGGAAGCAGGGAGGCUUUGUCAAGACUUGGCAUACCCGUUGGUUUGUGCUCAAAGGAGAUCAACUCUAUUAUUUCAAAGACGAAGAUGAAACCAAGCCCUUGGGUACUAUUUUUCUGCCUGGAAAUAAAGUCCUUGAACAUCCCUGCAAUGAAGAGAGCCCAGGGAAAUUCCUUUUUGAAGUAGUUCCAGGAGGUGAUCGAGAUCGGAUGACAGCAAAUCAUGAGAGCUACCUCCUUAUGGCGAGCACCCAGAAUGAUAUGGAAGACUGGGUCAAGUCCAUCCGCCGAGUCAUAUGGGGACCAUUUGGAGGAGGCAUUUUUGGACAGAAACUGGAAGAUACUGUCCGUUAUGAGAAGAGAUACGGACACCGUCUGGCUCCAAUGUUGGUGGAGCAGUGCGUGGACUUUAUCCGACAAAGGGGGCUGAAGGAAGAGGGUCUCUUCCGACUGCCGGGCCAGGCUAACCUUGUCAAGGAGCUGCAGGAUGCCUUUGACUGUGGAGAGAAGCCAUCCUUUGACAGCAACACAGAUGUACACACAGUGGCAUCACUUCUUAAACUGUAUCUCCGAGAACUUCCAGAACCGGUUAUUCCUUAUGCCAAGUAUGAGGAUUUUUUGUCUUGUGCCAAACUGCUCAGCAAGGAAGAGGAAGCUGGUGUUAAAGGAUUAGCAAAGCAGGUGAAGAGCUUGCCAGUGGUCAAUUACAACCUUCUCAAGUAUAUUUGCAGGUUCUUGGAUGAAGUACAGUCCUAUUCAGGAAUUAACAAAAUGAGUGUGCAGAACUUGGCUACUGUCUUUGGCCCUAAUAUCCUGCGCCCCAAAGUGGAAGAUCCUUUGACCAUUAUGGAGGGCACUGUGGUGGUCCAACAGUUGAUGUCAAUGAUGAUUAGCAAACAUGAUCGCCUCUUCCCCAAAGAUGCAGAGUUGCAAAGUAAGCCCCAGGAUGGAGUGAGCAACAACAACAAUGACCUUCAGAAGAAAGCCACCAUGGGUCAGCUACAAAACACGGAGAACAAUAAUACCAAGGACAGUCCUGGAAGACGGUGCUCUUGGGACAAGUCUGAGUCUCCCCAGAGAAGCAACAUGGAUAACGGAUCCCCCACAGCUCUAUCAGGCAGCAAAACCAACAGCCCAAGGAAUAGCGUUCACAAACUGGAUGUCUCUAGGAGCCCCCCUCUCAUGGUCAAAAAGAAUCCCGCCUUCAAUAAGGGCAGUGGGAUAGUCACCAAUGGGUCCUUCAGCAGCAGUAAUGCAGAAGGACUUGAGAAAGCCCAAACCACUCCCAAUGGGAGCUUACAGGCCAGAAGGACCUCUUCCCUGAAGGGGUCUGGUACCAAAAUGGGCACCCACAGUGUACAGAACGGAACGGUGCGGAUGGGCAUUUUGAACACAGAUACCCUCGGGAACCCCGUGAAUGGUCGCAGCAUGAGCUGGCUGCCCAAUGGCUACGUGACCCUGAGGGAUAACAAGCAGAAAGAGCAAGCUGGAGAGUCGGGCCAGCACAACAGACUCUCCACCUAUGACAACGUCCACCAACAGUUCUCCGUGAUGAGCCUUGACGACAAGCAGAGCAUCGACAGUGCCACCUGGUCCACUUCCUCCUGUGAAAUCUCCCUCCCUGAGAACUCCAACUCCUGCCGCUCCUCCACCACCACCUGCCCGGAACAAGACUUUUACGGUGGGAAUUUUGAGGACCCCGUUUUGGAUGGGCCCCCACAGGACGACCUUUCCCACCCCGGGGACUAUGAAAACAAAAGUGACCGGAGGAGUGUGGGUGGUCGAAGUAGUCGUGCCACCAGCAGCAGCGACAACAGUGAGACUUUUGUUGGCCACACCAGCAAUCACAGCGCACUGCAUAGUUUAGUGUCCAGCCUGAAGCAGGAAAUGACCAAACAGAAGAUAGAGUAUGAGUCCAGGAUAAAGAGCUUAGAACAGCGAAACUUGUCUUUGGAAACAGAAAUGAUGAGCCUCCACGAUGAACUGGAUCAAGAAAGGAAAAAGUUCACAAUGAUAGAAAUCAAAAUGCGAAAUGCUGAGCGAGCAAAAGAAGAUGCAGAGAAGAGAAAUGACAUGCUUCAGAAAGAAAUGGAGCAGUUUUUUUCCACAUUUGGGGAGCUGACAGUGGAACCCAGGAGAACCGAGAGAGGAAACACGAUAUGGAUCCAGUGAGGCUGAUUUCUCCCACUGUCUCCAGUGGCUCUGGGGAAGACUCUGGGGGUUCUGGUGGGAAUAUUAUAUAGGAUCAGGUGGCUGGUCACCUGGCUGUACAGAGUUCUAACUGGGGAAGACAUAUCAUUUACAGACAUUGCCCAUUCAUAUCUGCAAUGUGUACCAAAGUUGUAUCAUGCCCCAUAAUGCUACUGUCAAGUGUUACAACUGGAUAUGUGUAUAUAGAGUAGUUUUUAAAAAGUAAACUAAAAAUGAGAAACAUAUCUCAAUAAUUAUUUUAUUGCAAGUCUUGUAUUUAAAAUGUUAAAUCAGUAUGUCAUUGCAGUUUAGCUUGCUUUCAAGCUUCACCCCUUGCACUUAAGCUAUUUUUGGCAUUGUGUUAUCAUCAGCUUAUUUUAUAGAUCAAUAUUUUUAUUUCCCCUUUUGCUGAGGAAAUGAAAAUAAGCAGAUAUAUAAAUAUAUAUAAGAUGAGUUAUUAAAAUCAAAAAGAAUA